CCUAAUUUUACGUCAUUGAGGGGUGUUCUUGUGGCCUAGGUCCGAAUAUAUGAUCAGGAUGGAUCGUUCUGGCAUGUUCAAGAACGCUCUUGAACGACCACCGCGCCCGAUACAUCCUCCAGAACCGCCAGACAGCAGAGAUUCCCGACGCGUCCCGAUCCGACUGUGGCCCCGUCCCCGGCCUUGUUGUACCAGAGGUCGCUCGUGCCCAGGGCCACUCCUUCGCGUAGCGGGAUCACGUGCAACACGGCGCUGGGCGCGUGCUCGCGGGCGGCGGAGUGGUCGGCGGCGGUGCUCCUGCUGCGGGACAUGCCCCGCCGGCGGCUCCGCGCGGACGCGGUCAGCUUCAGCACCUGCAUCACGGCCGGGCACAAGGCGGGCAGGUGGGACCUCGCGGCGGGCCUGCUGGCGGACAUGCGCGGCCGGAGGGUCGCUCCCAACAUCAUCACGUUCAACGCGUCCGUGACCGCGCUGACGGCGGGUCAGCAGUGGGAGUCGGCGGUGUCGCUGCUCGGCGAUAUGCAAGAGGUGCGGCUGCAGCCGGACCUGUGCCCGUACCGUGCCUCCGUGGACGCCCUGUUCCACGCCGGCAGACGCGUCGAGGCGGCGCGCCUCUACCGCAGGGCGCUGCAGCCGGGGAUCGCCGCCUACCGCCCCGCGGUGCUCUGGGCCUGGCACCCGUGGCGCAGUCGGAGCGCGAGCUCCAGUUCAGGCGUACCUUCUGCCACCGCUCUGAGCACGACAACUGAGAUCGAGGCGCUGGCAGAGAUGGGCAGUGAGGCAGCUGAGCUCGAUGCUCGCGACCGCAGGCUCCCUUCUCGAUCGAAGGAAGUGGCCAGGCUUCCUAAUGUGCGAACACGGCACGCAUGGCUCCAGUUCGGGCUGCUCUCGCCGCCCCAAAUAAUGACUUAUCGUUGGGGACUUGCUCGAGACAUCCUCAGAAAACUGCAUUCGCAGCAUCUUCGCUUGAGGUCCUGUCUCCUCCGUCUCUUCCGUCUCCUCCGUUUCUGAGGUCUCCUCCGUCUCUGAGGUCUCCUCCGUCUCGACUCCGUCUCCUCCGUCAUCCUCUCCU